CGCCCUGGCCGACCCCGCCCCUCUUCGGCCGGCCGCUCCGCCGAGCCGCCAGGGGUCGCCGCGCACCGUUGGAGCGGAGGUCGGCCCCCGUCCCACCUCUUCCUGGUCGCUGCUCCGCCCCCUGGCCGUGUCCGCGCCAAAGUCAAACCCGUCUAGUCCCGCUCCGCCCCUCGCUUCGCGCAGGCCCAGCCUUCGGAAUAUCCGCUAUGUCAAAGAAAAAGGGACUGAGUGCAGAGGAGAAGAGAGCCCGCAUGAUGGAAAUAUUUUUUGAGACGAAAGAUGUGUUUCAAUUAAAAGACAUGGAGAAGAUUGCUCCCAAAGAAAAAGGCAUUACUGCUAUGUCAGUAAAAGAAGUCCUUCAAAGCUUAGUUGAUGACGGUAUGGUUGACUGUGAGAGGAUUGGAACGUCUAAUUAUUAUUGGGCUUUUCCAAGUAAAGCUCUUCAUGCAAGGAAACGCAAGCUGGAGGUUCUGGAAUCUCAGUUAUCUGAGGGAAACCAAAAGCAUGCAAAUCUACAGAAAAGCAUUGAGAAAGCUAAAGUUGGCCGACAUGAAACAGAAGAGCGAACUAUGCUAGCAAAAGAGCUUUCUUCACUUCGAGACCAAAGGGAACAGCUAAAGGCAGAAGUAGAAAAAUACAGAGAAUGUGACCCACAAGUUGUGGAAGAAAUACGUCAAGCAAAUCAAGUAGCCAAAGAAGCCGCUAACAGAUGGACUGAUAAUAUAUUUGCAAUAAAAUCUUGGGCGAAAAGAAAAUUUGGUUUGGAAGAAAAUAAAAUUGAUAAAAAUUUUGGAAUUCCAGAAGACUUUGACUACAUAGACUAAAAUGUUCGAUGUUGGGAAAGGAUCUGUGUACUUGUGAAUAUGUGAUUUUUAAAAAUAUUAUCCAACUAAAUGUACUGAAUUGCCAUUUACCUAUAACUGUGUUGUGUUGAUCAUUUUGUUAACUUUAAAUAAAGUGUAAUGUGGA